UCUCGCGAGACUAUAGUGCGCGUCCCUCCUGGGGAGCCGGGCGGGGCGAAACGGCUUGGCGGUUGUGGAGAGGGCGGGCCUUGUGGACACCAUGCCGUCGGCCUUUUCAGUCAGCUCCUUCCCCGUCAGCAUCCCCGCGGUGAUCACGCAGACAGACUGGAGUGAGCCCUGGCUGGUGGGGCUGGCUGUCUUCCACGUGCUGUGCCUGCUUCUCACUUGCUUCUCAUCCCAGAGGUACCGACUACAGAUUGGCCAUUUCCUGUGUCUCAUGGUCCUGGUCUAUUGUGCUGAGUACAUCAAUGAAGUGGCCGCAAUGAACUGGAGGUUGUUUUCAAAAUACCAGUAUUUUGACUCCAGGGGGAUGUUCAUUUCUGUCGUGUUCUCAGCACCACUGCUGCUCAACGCCAUGAUCAUUGUGAUUUUGUGGGUACGCAAGACUUUGAACGUGAUGACUGACCUGAAGAACUUGCAACAGAAAAGAAAAGAGAAGCAGCGGAGGAAGGAGGAGUGAGGUCGUGCCCAUUGGCUUCCUCUGCCAGGGGGUUCUGUGCAGUGGGGCCCAGGCGUCCUCAGCUGGCUUGGGGAAAGCCGUGCUCCCUCUGGAGGCCCAGUGCUGGAGCACACACUAAAGUUGUUUCUCAAACUAGCACGGAUUGUACCCCUGCGUGUUUGUUGAGCCUGGGUCCACCCUUAGCAUGCCUGGUCUCUGGCUGAGCCCCAGGAGGGCCCUGUGUAUCUCUCCAGGACUCCAUAGUCAGUUACAAAGUGUCUGCUCGGUGUGGAAUCUGAACCCCAGUGGUAGUGCUGUCCUGCACACAGGCCCAUCACCUGGCUGUCCCCCUGUGUCUUGUGCUCCACGGGAUGGCUCUUAACUGAGGGCACUUUUGCCCCCAAAGGACUUGUGACAGUUUGGUAACACUUUUGCUUGUCACUGUAGGUGGAAGUGGGUGGAGCCUAAAUGCUGCUGAACUCCUGCAAGGAUAGACUGUGGCCCCCCAGAGGACUGUACAGAGUGCUGGCCCCCGUCUUCUCAGCCUGAGGCCUUUGAAGCAGGUCUGGCAAAGAUGGAACAUAUCUAAUGUACUGACCAGUCCCCUGAGCCCAGGGCCCUCUGAAACCACCAGCUGGGCACAUCUCAGUGAGGUUAGGCUUUCUGAAACCAACAUGGGGCUACCUCACUGAAAAUACUUUUGCUCAAGACUCUAAUGUGAAGGGAAGCGUGAAGUCGGGACUACAUGGAAAAGAAUGUGUUAAAUGAGCCCUUUACUUUGUUCUGAGUGCAGAAUUUGCAGAUAGAGGAACAUUCACUGGAGGCCUAGUGGGCUCCACCCAACCUGGACGGUGCAGGCCCCUUGUGCCCUCCCUGAGUCUUAUCCUGCUUGAGCACCUUCAGGCUGCCUGUCUGGGGUAUGGUGCUGUGAAACACUUUUCAAUUUUCAGAAAGAAAAAAACUGUCCAAGUGAAAGCACUUACAUUUAGAAGGUUAAAAAUCGACAGUUUGUCAGAUUGAAGAAUUGUCUAGAAAUGCAGAUAUGUGAGUUUUCAGUUUUACAUGGUGUUAAGCUCUUAGUGAAGAAGCUAGACUGAGUUCAACAGGAGGUAGAUGUGAGCAGACAGAAUCCUCAGCCAGGCCACUGGAGCUCUUUGCCUGUAGCUCUUCCCAGUCCCUCUGGGAUUUGUUCAGCUUGUAGAGUGAACACAGAGGUGUCUGAGAAACCUGAUCUUAAGCAAGUCCAGUCUCAAGUCGACAUCACCUGUGGGGUUGUGUGGCACGUCUGACGGUACACAUCCCAGGUGCACCGCAGGGUGUUUAGUGACACAUGGCUUCACUCGAGUUCCCACCCCACAAGGUGGUUUCAUAGAAAAUGAAGUGGGCUGAUAUAUUUGACUGCAGGAGCUCAGAGCAGGCGUGUGUGGCUCUCCAGGGCUGUUCCCUGCCAAGCUAUCCAAGGCCAGCCAUGGGAAGCAGGUCAGGAAAUUGCUGGAGAGGACAUGUCUGAGGAAGGUGUCUGAGCUCAUGCCCAGCUGAAAUACACCAGCAAGGUGGUAGACCCUGUCUGUAUGUUGGACCGUGUGGAUCUGGGCCUGUCCAACUGAGUCCAGCCUCCCUGGAUAAAGGUGUGUAAUAGUACUGUUAGCUCUGUAUCUUGGUGCAGCCCACAUGUGACCCUGAUGUGGGCUCCAGGUUUCACAUGUGUGUUGUUUUCACAAAAAUGGAACUUUUUAGUGAGGCUCCUAUUUUAGUGGCUGGAAAUUGCAUUGCUAGCAACUAUCUUUGUAUCUUUUCUUCUUAUUAGAGAAAAUUCUGCAAGCCAAAAUCAUCAACACUGAGUAAUUCGUAAAACUUGCGUGGGCUCAUGCAGGGUUCCAGUGGGGAUUGUGGUGCGGGGCAGGCGCUUGCCCAUAUGCCUGAAGUGCUGGCUCCAGUGUUAAAGCAAGGUGUGGGGUGUGAGCGCCACUCAUCCAUGCUCUGAGAAUGGAAGGCUCAGGGGCCCCUGCUCCUCUGCUUAAGUUAGGAAGUGCUUUUACCAUGUGUUUAUGAACAAAGCAGAAAAAAGGACAUUCUGCAUACUCCGAGCCUGUGACACUGUAAGUUUAUUGAUUGGUAUGCAAUAAAACCUUUGAUAGUACAUA